CUGAAAUCCAGUUCAAAUUCCCGCUCCAAUAACUGCACAGAAACAGACAAAAGCUGUUUCACAUCCGUCGUCGUAAAUCACAUUUGCUGAUUUGCAUCACUCGACCUUUCCCGACGGACGUACGGACGGCGAAUCGGCGGCAGCUUUUUUGCCAGCCUUAGGGGUGUUAGGUAGUAACCAUGCUUGGCAAUGGGAUUGUUGGAGUCCUCGCUGAGUCUACUAACAAGUGGGAAAGGAGGGUUCCUCUCACCCCUUCACAUUGUGCUCGACUGCUGCAUGGUGGCAAAGGUAAAACUGGAGUGGCCCGCAUUGUUGUGCAGCCAUCCACCAAGCGCAUUCAUCAUGAUGCACUCUAUGAGGAUGUUGGUUGUGAGGUAUCUGAGGACUUGUCAGAGUGUGGUCUCAUAUUGGGAAUCAAACAACCCAAGUUGGAUAUGAUUCUUCCUGACAGGGCUUAUGCAUUUUUUUCCCAUACUCACAAGGCACAAAAGGAAAAUAUGCCUUUGUUAGAUAAGAUCUUAGCAUCAAAGGCGUCAUUGUAUGAUUAUGAACUUAUAGUUGGAGAUCAUGGGAAGAGGCUACUUGCAUUUGGGAAGUUUGCUGGUAGAGCUGGAAUGAUUGAUUUUUUACGUGGGCUAGGACAAUGGUAUCUUAACCUUGGAUAUUCAACACCUUUUCUCUCACUGGGUUCAUCUUACAUGUACUCCUCAUUGGCUGCUGCAAAAGCUGCUGUAAUAUCUGUGGGUGAAGAGAUAGCCACUACAGGACUUCCUUCAGGGAUCUGUCCUCUUGUUUUUGUUUUCACUGGUUCAGGAAAUGUUUCUCAUGGCGCACAAGAAAUUUUUAAGCUCCUUCCUCAUACAUAUGUGGAUCCAAGCAAACUUCCAGAACUGUUUGGCACGGACAAGGAUCUUCCUACUCCAAAGAGGCCAUCAUCAAAGAGGGUCUUUCAAGUCUAUGGUUGUGUUGUGACCUGUCAAGACAUGGUGGAGCAUAAGGAUCCUUCAAAAUCAUUUGAUAAGGUUGACUACUAUGCACAUCCAGAGCACUACAAACCUGUUUUCCAUGAAAAAAUAGCCCCUUAUGCAUCUGUUAUAGUAAAUUGUAUGUAUUGGGAGAGAAGAUACCCUCGAUUGUUAACUACCCAGCAGUUUCAAGAUUUGAUGAAGAAUGGAUGUCGACUUGUUGGAAUUUCUGACAUAAGUUGUGAUAUAGAAGGCUCGAUUGAGUUCAUCAAUCAAACUACAUCUAUUGAUUCACCUUUCUUCAGAUAUGAUCCCUUUAAUAAUACAUAUCAUCAUGACAUGGAGGGCAAUGGUAUAAUAUGUUCAGCUGUGGACAUUCUUCCAACAGAGUUUGCAAAGGAGGCUUCACAACACUUUGGAGACAUUUUAUCACAAUUUGUUCGAAGCUUAGCAUCUGUGAAAAAUAUUGAUGAUUUACCUGCACCCUUAAAGAGAGCUUGUAUAGUUCAUAUUGGGAACCUUACUCCCUUGUAUGAAUACAUUCCUAGAAUGCGGAAGUCCGAUCUUGAAGAUUCACCGGAGAUUCUUAAUCACUGGCCAUCCAAUAAGAAGAGAUACACCACAUUGGUCUCUCUAAGUGGUCAUUUGUUUGAUCAGUUUUUAAUUAACGAGGCUUUGGAUAUCAUUGAAGAGGCAGGUGGCUCCUUCCACUUGAUGAAGUGCCAAGUGGGUCAAAGUUCAAAAGCUUUAUCAUACUCAGAAGUUGAAGUUGGAGCAGAUGAUAAAGAUGUGUUAGAUAAAAUACUUGAUUCUUUGACUUCAAUAGCUUAUCCAAGUGAACAUCUGGGAUCUAGCAACAAGGACAAAAGUAUGAUAUCUUUUAAGGUCGGGAAAGUCCUUGAGAGCAGUGUAGAAAAGGAUUGCAGUGCAAACAAGAAAUACAGAGUCUUAAUUUUAGGUGCUGGUCGGGUGUGUAGACCAGCUGUUGAAUUUUUAGCAUCAUUAGGUGGUAUUUCUGCUGAACAACAGCUAAAAUCGUGCGUCUCUGAUGAUUUUGAAGAACAAAACUGUGUUGAAGUCAUUGUUGCUUCUUUAUACUUGAAGGAUGCCAAAGAGGUUACAGAGAGUAUUCCAAAUGCAAAAGCAAUUCAGCUUGACAUCUCAGAUCGUGAGAGCUUGCACAAAUACAUUUCACAGGUAGAUGUAGUUGUCAGCCUACUGCCUCCUAGUUGCCAUUCUACUGUAGCAAGUGCAUGCAUUGAGCUGAAGAGGAACCUUGUCACCAGCAGCUAUGUUGAUGGUUCUAUGUCAAGUCUAAGUGAAGAUGCAAAAAGCGCUGGUGUUACAAUUCUUGGUGAAAUGGGUUUGGACCCAGGAAUAGAUCAUAUGAUGGCAAUGAAGAUGAUCAACCAAGCACAUGCACGGAAUGGAAGGAUCAAGUCCUUUGUUUCUUACUGCGGUGGUCUUCCAUCCCCAGAAGCUGCAAACAACCCUUUAGCUUAUAAGUUCAGUUGGAGUCCAGCAGGGGCAUUAAGAGCUGGGCGCAAUCCAGCUACCUACAGAUUUCAAGGAGAAGUUGUUGAAGUUGAAGGUCAAAAUCUUUAUGAUUCAGCUUCAAAGAUUCGCAUACCAAAUUUUCCAGCAUUUGCAUUGGAGUGUCUCCCAAACCGCAACUCCUUAAUUUAUGGGGACUUAUAUGGAAUAGGAGAAGAAGCAUCAACAGUGUUUCGAGGAACCCUUCGUUACGAAGGUUUUGGUGAAAUAAUGGGGACACUUGCAAAGCUGGGCUUUUUCAGCACAGAAACUAUAUCCGUUCUUGAACAUGGAAAAAAGACCACAUAUGCAGAAUUUCUGCAUGAACUCCUUAGAAUUGAUAGUAAGAAAUUGUCUGCACCAUUGGUUGGUGAGAAAGACAUAAUAGAUCAGAUUAUGGCACUGGGACAUUGUAAAACUGAAGACACAGCAGCAAACACAGCCAAAACUAUGCUAUUUCUGGGAUUUCACGAGUCAAUAGAAAUUCCAGUAUCCUGCAAAUCUGCAUUUGAUGUUACUUGCUCACGUAUGGAGGAGCGGUUGACAUACACAGAGGGAGAGAAGGACAUGGUGCUUUUACACCAUGAAGUGGUGGUAGAUUUCCCAAACGGCCAGACUGAAACCCAUCAAGCCACUCUUUUGGAAUUUGGAAGGACUAAUGAUGGAAGAACAACCACCGCAAUGGCUAUUACAGUCGGGAUUCCAGCUGCCAUCGGGGCACUGUUGUUACUGACACAAAAGAUAAAAGCAACUGGCGUUUUAAGGCCUACUGAUGCAGAGGUUUAUGUACCAGCACUGGAUAUUCUGCAGGCAUAUGGUUUAAAGUUGGUAGAGAAGAUCGAGUAGCUGAGAAGCCCUAAAUGUUCAUCCAAGUGUUUAUAGAUGUUAGAUAGCCAUUAGCCAGAUUCAAAGCUCUAACAUCAUAUAUAGUGGGUAGCAGAAUUCCUUACUUCACUCUGAGACUAUUGGAAAGACAAGUAAUUCUAAUGGGAAAGAUGGAACCCGAAUGCUUUUAUUAUGAUCAUUUUAGUUAUCAAAUAAAUUCCAUGU